ACUCGGAGCUCUUACUGUGAGCGUCGGAAGAAUCGGUAUAAAUUAUUUAUCGUUAUUUUCAUCAUGUUCUUGGUCUUCUGGCGAAUUUACCGGAGUUUCUCACUCUGUCGGAUUUGUUACUAACUCCACGCCAGCCUCCUAAAUCGCUCAGCGCGUCGAAAGACAGAAUAGUUUAGGCAUCCAACGACUUUCUGAAUGUCACCUCCACUAGGAAAAAAAAAAAAGAAAGUAAAUGAGCAAUCAUCGAGUCAUCAUCUACAAGGGUGAAAAAAAGAUUCCAUGACAGUUUAUUUACGGGUUCAAGGCAGCUGUAAACUGUGGCUUGUGAAACUCCUUUGUGCUCGCCGCCGCCGCCGCAUCUUGGUCACGUGCCUGUCACACGACAGAUGUCGGAUUCGUUUUCCUCCUCCCCCACGUCGAUGAGGUCUGCACAUCAGUCCUCGCACACAGCAACGCGAAGACACGGCGACGACACCGCAGGGCGGCUGGCUGGGUCACGUGACGACACGAUCUAUACAGCGCUUGCGUUUGUUCCGGUGGACCGUGACAACAUUCGAACACCGUGACUGAGAGGAGGAGAGGCCGUGACACACCUGUGCUGUCGUCCAGUGGAACUCCGAGUGACCUUUGACAUCUAUAUGUGAAGGAGAGAAAUCUCUCAUGAAUUAUUUUCUUUUUAACGGGUGGGAAGAUUUUGCUGAAGGAAUGGCCGCCCGCGCGUCACCCAACUGACUGACAGACGCCAUGCGCGAUCUGGUGGCCGUGGAUGUAGCCAUCCAGUCGUUGUCGCCUGCAUCACUCAUCGCUGUCACCUGCAAUCCUGGUCAGGGUGAACACACAACUGGCGACACGUUCGACGGGCCGACAAAGAACCGAGAAUGUCGCGACGUCCUGGCACUUGUCCUGUUCCUGGCCUUCCUUGGCGGACUGGGUUACGUGUUUUGGUAUGCAGUGGACAAGGGCAACCCUUGUCUCCUCAUCUACGCCACAGACAGCUACGGCAACGUCUGCAACCAGAAGAACAAAGCGAUUCCUGGAGCCUCUGAGUCUGGUCGUGAUACUACGGACCGUCCGAAGCUGUUCUACUUCGACAAGAACUAUCUGAAAACUGUGAUGGACUCGACAGGCACAACUAAGGUGGAGUCUGUGAUGGUGUGUGUGCGCAUGUGUCCCAACGAGACCCUCAGCGACCUGUCGGCCAUCAAGAACUUCUACAACUCUUACGGCGUCAGCAUCUGCAACUACAAUGCAGCGGAGAGCAGCUUCGUGGCCGACGGGACGGUCUGUCCGAAGACACCUGUGGAAAAACACACAGAGCUUCUAAACCGUUGCAUCCCAGAGAGCCUCAGUUCCGCCAUUCAGGGAGUUAAUGACGCCCUAAAGGGAAUUCUGAACAUCUUUGGCAAAAAUUUUGGUGAAAACUGCGCGGAAGACCUGCGGGGUACCUGGCGAGACGUUAUCUACCUGAGCCUGACAGGGCUAGGGGCGUCCAUCGUCAUGCUGGUCCUGCUUCAUUUCCUGGCGGCCGUCUUGGUGUGGACCGUGGUGCUUCUCGUGGCGCUGGGCUCGGUGGCUGGAGCCGCCUUUUGCUGGUAUACCUAUUCCACCGACAAAACUGAGACUUGGCUAGGGAUAUCCAUCGCCGCCACCAUCAUAGCCGUCAUCAUUCUCCUUAUCCUGCUAGUGAUGAGAAAACGGAUUAAACUGGUGGUACAGUUGUUCAAAGAAGCGGACAAAGCCGUGACGAAGAUGCCGUGUCUACUGCUACAACCCUUUAUGACGCUGCUUAUUCUGGGUGGAUCGCUGGCAGGCUUUUGCUACAUCUUUCUGUUCUUCGUGACAGCAAGAAAUCCGGUGGUUGAUGACAAAACAGGUUUUGUGAGCUUUGAGCAGGAUUCCAAUAUUAAGGGAUUGUUCGUCUACUACCUGCUGGGGCUCCUCUGGGUCACGCAGUUCAUAGUCGACUGUGAACGCUUGACCGUCUCAAGUGCUGUAGCUCUUUGGUAUUUCACCAGAGAUAAAUCUUCCCUGGCGUCUCCGAUCAGUACUUCUUUCUACCGACUUAUCAGGUUUCAUCUGGGCUCCGUCGCCUUCGGUUCCUUGAUCAUCGCCAUUGUCAUCCUCAUUCGAUGGAUCCUUUCAUACAUCAACGGGAGGCUCAAGGGGAGCAGCAGCUUACCGGCCAAGUUCCUUUUGAAGUGCAUGAUAUGCUGCCUGUGGUGUUUCGAGAACGUGCUCAAGUUCCUCAGCUCCAACGCCUACAUCGAGAUAGCGAUCUAUGGCUACGGCUUCUGCAAGGCUGCGCGCAAAGCCUUCAUGGUCAUCGCCUCCAAUGCUCUGCGCGUUGCCGCCAUCAACAGCGUGGGCGACUUCGUCCUCUUCCUCGCCAAAGUGGGCAUCGUCACGGUGGUCGUCGUCGUCGGCAUCGAGCUCUUCAGGGGUCGUGAUGAGGUGCACUACGUCUGGCUCCCCAUCACGCUGGCUAGCAUCGUCGCCUAUAUCAUCGCCAGCUGCUUUCUAGGAGUCUAUGAGAUGAUCAUCGAUGCUGUCUUCAUCUGCUUCGUCGAGGAUUGUGAGAUGAACGAUGGCGUUUCUAAGCCUUACUUCAUGAGCAUGGGGCUGAUGAAGUUUCUGGAGAACAGCUCCGCAGAAAAUAUACAACGGGAGAUGUGGUGAAAAAAAACAAAACAAAAACAAAGUUCUGAACAUUACCUUUCCUACCUGCUGUUGUGGUUCGUCUGUUUCUGUCAUUCAUUUCCACGUGCCUUUCAAGGAAGAGAUAAAGCAAGCCAACGGAAAGUGUAAGGCAUUCCAGAAGGUUCUCGCGGCUUUCGUGAUCUCUAGGACCGAUGUGUGAUAUGUAACUGUGUGUUGCACAAUCUCUCCAUCUCCUUUUCUCAAUGACACGAUCUCACCCGGGGCUUGUUGUGGCAGUGACAUGACGUGAGUGCUACUCGUUUGUUCCACCUUUCCGUCCAGGUGCUGUCGGUGGCAGCAUCAACCAUGUCUGUGAUCUAUUAAACAUUUUAGACAUCAUGAUCUGACGUUUUGAGAUGAGGUUUAAUAAAGCUAAUUUUUUUAUAUAA